AUGGCCGACCUUCCCCCGCUAUCGACGAUCCCUUCCCUACCCCAAGAGGCCCAGCUUCGGGUGCUCGAUACACUGUUCGAACCCUCCCCAGAGCUCCACCGACUGAUGAUUCCCGUUCUGGCCAACCAGACCUUCUCUUCAUACACCAACCUCAUCGAUGCUGUAGGGGGUCGUAUGUCUGCUCUCUCAGCUCCGAAUUCACCAACUGACCGAGACGUGCUCUUUGGCAUUUUGGGAUCGCAUCCGCGUCUUGGUCGAGCCCCAGCCAACCCAGAACAUCUGAGCGAGCUAAGCAAAAAAGAGCAAGCCCAAUUGAAUGAAGGUGCAGAGGAACAGGCGGAGAAAUUACGAGCACUCAAUGCUGAAUACGAGGAAAAGUUUCCGGGUUUACGCACAUUUGUCAAUGGUCGUAGUCGGGAUGUGAUUAUGGUCGAAAUGCGCCAGCGCAUUGACCGGGCCAAUGCGGAGAAAGAGAUUGAAGAGACCAUACAGGGAAAUAAUCUCCAACUACGAGUCGCAAUGACCCCCGCGAUAGCCGAUUUGACCCCCCUCGGAACUUCGACAUUCCCCGCCUCGGCUACCUCGGAUGUCGCUUCGGGCUCAACUCAUAGUUUACAAGAUGCUCGGAAUGCUAGACGGUCGGUCAUUGGCAGCUCUAUACGAGAUUCGAUCUCAAAUACCCCCCACGAGAAGACCGAGUCAAGUGCCAUAGAUCCGUUGUCGCAGCACAUUAUCCAACGCACCAAUACCCAAAAGUCCAUUCCCCUGAAACUACUCGGAAGAGCCUCAUACGAAGCAGAGGCCGUGGGCUCCGAGUAUGGCCAGCCAGAGCGAAGCCCAACGCUGGGAGACGCAUUGCCUACCUCAAAACCCUCCAAGGAGAAGAAAAAAGGUGUCUCCUUCCUCAGUCGAAUCAUUGGAGGCAAGAAAAAAGACCAGCAGUUUGAGGCGGAAGAUGAAGGCUCGGAUCCCGAUAUGCACCGCAUGUCCGUUGAUACUUCGCAUCCAAUUGGAUUUAUACCUCGACACCUUGCUCCGUCCAAAUACUUGAAGGUGCGGGCCCACUACAAAAAGGAAAAGACGUUCAGCCGUGUGUUUCUGGCCCAGGAACUGGGAGGUAGCGGCCCAGUACCCAAAACUGCAGAUAGAAGGAUAUCUACCUCCUCAGCUUUGCCACAGAAUGGAGAAAACACCGGAAAGGCCGUCUGGGCACUUAUGUUUUCUAAGGAUGGUAAGUAUAUUGCCGCGGCUGGCCAGGACCGGAAGGUUCGAGUAUGGGCUAUUAUCGCUACACCAGACGAGCGUGAGGAUGCCAAUGGGGACGAAGAGUCGACACCUGUAGAUGCACAGGAUAAUUCCGGCCUGAAGGCGCCUGUGUUCCAGCCGACGCCUGUUCAGGUGUACGAGGGGCACACGGGAAGUAUAUUGGACCUGAGCUGGAGUAAAAACAACUUCCUCCUCUCCUCAUCAAUGGACAAAACGGUGCGGCUAUGGCAUAUCUCUCGAUCAGAAUGUCUUUGCUGUUUCCAGCACAGUGAUUUUGUGACUUCGAUCCAAUUUCACCCGCGUGACGACCGCUUUUUCCUUGCUGGAUCUCUUGAUACGAAGCUGCGACUUUGGAGUAUCCCAGACAAGAGCGUGGCCUUUGUGACUGCUGUGCCUGAUAUGAUCACUGCAGUGGCAUUCACCCCGGAUGGCCGAUACUCCAUUGCCGGAUGUUUGAAUGGCAUGCUCAACAUCUAUGACACCGAGGGUCUAAAAGUAUCAUCUCAGAUCCAUGUGCGAUCGGCCCGUGGGCGCAAUUCCAAGGGUAGCAAAAUCACUGGAAUCGAUACGAUGACGGUUCCCAGGAGCGAUAACAAGGAUGACACCGAGACUGAUAUCAAGUUACUGGUUACCAGUAACGACUCCCGCAUCAGGAUGUACAACUUUUAUGAUCGAUCGUUGGAGGCUAAAUUCCGCGGUAACGAGAACACAUGCAGCCAAAUUAGAGCUACAUUCAGCAACGAUGGCAGAUACAUCAUAUGUGGAAGUGAGGAUCGUAGGGCAUACGUGUGGCCAAUUGGGUCUGUGCAACGAGAUUCUGAAAAGCAGGCUGUGGAGGUAUUCGAGACGCAGUCCGCCAUGGUAACCGCAGCCAUCAUAGCGCCGAUUCAAACGAAACAGCUACUGGCGUUAUCAGAAGACCCAAUCUACGACAUCUGCAACCCGCCCCCGGUAGCCCUAUUGGGUCCGGAGUCAACAGAACCAUCAAGAAAAGGAAAUGGAAAAUCCCACGAACGCUCUGUAUCAGCGCCUCGCCUAUCCAUAGUCAGCAAAAUGGCCCACGAAUCACCCUCCUACCUCGCACGAUCCAAGCAUCCAGGCGGAGAGAUAAUCGUGAUUGCCGACUACUCCGGCAAGAUCAAAGUCUUCCGACAAGACUGCGCAUAUCAAAAGCGACGCUUCGAGAACUGGGACGCCAACUCCACCAUCUCACGACGGAUCCUCAGACGCUCCAACUCCGCACACCGCAGCACAGCCUCCUCAACCGGGAAGGAAUCUACCCACAAAACCCCAUCCGAGCGCAUCGUCUCCUGGCGUAACUCCGUCGUCCGCCAGGGCCGCUCCAGCACCGAAGGUUCCCGCUCCGGCCUCCGAACCCGCAGUCCAUCUCCCCAGCAUCGCUCAGCCAUGUCCAGACUAGCCUCCUCCCGUCCUUCAAGUCUCGGUCCGCACGAGUCACUAUCCGUCACCACUACAUCCCCGCCCCCAUCGCCACAUCGAUCCCGCCCCACCAGCAACCGCACAAGCGAAGACGUGAGCCGGACAAACGGAAAUAACGGCCGUGUAAAUGUCUCAAGCUCUAAACCCGUGCAACCCUCCAUAAAACUCGGCUCAUCUGCAGACCUCCUGGCCAGCAGCAGCAAAGCACCAGACAACCCACUCUGGCUACAAGGUGACCGCAGCUAUGCGUACUGGAACAAGAUCACGCACGAUGCGAUAGCCAUGCAGUCCCGCCACUCGAAUGACUUUCUCAGUCCGAGUAGGAUCCCAUCGCGCGAGCGCGGGAUGAGCUCUGGCAGUGUGUUGAGCAGUGACUAUACCUCUUCGGCGGGUGAUACAGAAGAGGACGUGCUUAAAUGUGAUAACUGUGGCGGGACGAGUUUCCGCAGUGUUAAGGGGAGGGAUGGGAAGCAGAAGCUUAUCUGUUCGGAGUGUCGUCGGCCUGUUUCUUAA